AUGACUGUCAAUCCUCCCACCUCAGUAAAAACCAGAGGCAAUGGCGACUCUGAGGUCUCGACACCACUAUUCAAGUGCUUCGUCUUCCAGAACAUCGCCGAGCAGGCUUGGUGGGAGAAGACUGGGCCACUAUUGGCUAAAGUCCUUCAAUCCGCCCAAUAUAGCGUUCAAGAUCAGUAUCUUUAUAUGACGCUGUAUAGGACUGUCCUGUUGCCUCGGCUCGGCCCGCACCCGCAUACGUGGGACUCUUUUAUCACAUAUUCUGGAGUGCCAGUGGAAUUCAGCAUUAAUUUCCAGCAGCAUGGUCCUCCAACAGCUCGGAUCGGAUGGGAGCCCGUGAGCCAGAAGUCUGGCUCUCCAGCGGACCCGAUCAAUCAUGACACUGUCAGCCAGGCAAUUGCCACAAUGUCCCAACUCAAUCUCAAUGGAUUUGACACUAAGUUCCUCCAUCAUAUGAUGAGGUGUCUCACUGCCACCGGCGAAGAAGCUGCCGACGUUGGUCGCGAUCAAUUGUAUCUUACCAGGAUGAAGAACCAAGUGUCCUUUGGACUUGACCUCAAGGCUGGAGAGGUCUCUGUAAAGUGCUACUUGUAUCCGGCCCUAAAGUCGCACUUGACCGGCAGCUCUUUCAGACAAUUGUUAAACGAUGCGGUGCAUUCUCUCGGCGAUGAGGUCUCUUACCCUGCUUUAGAUACUAUCCACGAAUAUCUGGAGAGUGGAGGGAUGUACAACCAAUAUUCCUUCAUUGGCAUUGAUUGCACCACCGCUUCCAAGUCUCGUCUCAAAGUAUAUAACACGAUUCAGGACGUGACAUGGUCUAAGCUACGAGACAUAUGGACCCUAGGCGGUCGCUUUGAAUCCCAUGCCACCACGCAGCGAGGGUUGCAGUUCGUCCAAGAAUUCUGGAAGCUUCUCACUUCUGAUCAGGACAAAAUGGCUGUUGGCAUCUGGAGCUACGAACUGGCGCCCGGGUCCACCGACUUCCCCAACCCCAAGUAUUAUUUCAUCAUGCACGGCAUGAAUGACAUGGAAAAUGCUCAGGCUAUUAGCAAGUUUUAUGAUUCCAUUGGAUGGCAUGACUUGGCCGCAAACUUCGUUGAUUCGGUCAAAGGAUACUUCCCGAACUUUGAAUCCGGGGAGACAUCAAACUUGAUACAAUAUGUUUCAAUGGCCUAUUCGGAGAAGACUGGUGUGUAUCUGAGUGUUUAUUACCACAGUUCCCUGUAA